AUGAGCUUCUUAGAUCAUUUCAAAGGAAGAACCUAAAGAGUUCCCAGAGAAGGCUAUCUCAAUUUAUUUGGUUUAGAAUCCAAUAGAGUCAUCUAAAAACCCUAAAUCUCAAAAUUUAAACUCAAUCAAUCUCUUUAAAAAAUUCAACAAUAAGAAACCUAAUUGUAAAGUGAAAUUAUGGAAAUUGAUGAAUAUUAGUUAUAAAGAUAUUCCAAAAUCCCUACAGAAAUUACUACUCCUAGAUCUUUUAGCUCAAAAAAAAAUCUUAUUGCCAUCAGAACUGCAAAAUUUAUCUUAAAAUACUGA